AUGGCACAAGGGAGAAAAGAUUCGAGUCGAUUACCCAGUGAUACCACGAAGAAUCCACAGCAUCAAGGGAGUUCGUCUAACGCCAGAAUUAAUCAGGUAAGUAUUCUUCGUUAUGGGAAAGUUUAUGAUAAUCAGGUUGGGACUCCUCCACAUUUUGUUGAAGGUGUUGUGGAGGAGGUUGAUGAGGAAAACAAGUCCGACGCGGAGCCGGAACCUAUUAGCCCUAAAAAGAAUAAAAAAGAAAAUCUUGAAAAUAAUAGGGUGAUAGAUACUGAACCGGGUGAUAAAAAGAAGAAGGGUAUGGAGGGUAAUACCGUACCAUUUCCUAAGGCUUUAAUUAAUCCCGAAACAAAAGUUGUUAAUAAACGGGGCCCACAACAGGAUGAGAUGUGGGAAGUUUUUAAACAAGUGAAAAUUAAUCUCCCGUUAUUAGACGCAAUCAAGCAGGUUCCGGCAUAUGCAAAAUAUUUGAAAGAGCUUUGCACCCAGAAACGGCACAACAAAUUUCCAAAAAAGAUAGCUUUAACCGAAAAAGUUAGUGCCGUUUUAUCGGGUGAUCUUCCACCAAAGCUCCGAGAUCCAGGUGCUCCUCUAAUCCCCAUUCAAGUGGGUGAAUUUAAGAUGAGUCGAGCCUUGCUGGAUUUGGGAGCAAGUGUUAGCAUCUUACCGGGAAGUUUAUACGAUCAAUACGACUUCGGACCAUUGAAGCAAGCCGACACCACCGUGGUGUUGGCCGACUUGACGUUAAAACUACCCCGAGGGAUCUUACGUGAUGUCAUUGUCAAAGUUGACAAGUUUUAUUACCCAAUUGACUUUUUGGUUUUAGACUACGUGCAAAUUGGAAAUACUAAACAACCUAAUGUCAUACUUGGUAGACCAUUUUUAGCAACCGCUAAUGCAGUAAUCGAUUGUAGAAAUGGUACGGUUGACAUCACGUUUGGAAAUCGUAAGGUCCGAUUAAAUGCUUUUGCCCGUGCAUCUGAUUCUCUAGUCAAUGAUGAAUGCUUUAUGGCGGACAUUAUUGACGGGUGUUAUCCUCACGAAAGUGGGGAAUGCACUAUAGAGACGUGUUUUGUUUGUGACAGGGAUUUGGCGGAAAUAGAGGUGGAAUUGGAAUAUACGGAAGACGAGUUGGAGGUGAUGGCUGCCAAGGAAUUGAAGCCGACUUGGACGCAUCAAGUCGAGAAUUUACCGGAUCAUAUUGACACUCAAUUGAAGCCAUCACUUGAGUCACCUCCACAAGUCGAGUUGAAGACAUUGCCAAAGCAUUUGAAGUAUGCUUUUGUGGGCGACAACAACACCCUACCGGUAAUUAUUGCUGCCAAUUUGUCACUUGAACAGGAAAAAGCUUUGAUGGAAGUGUUGAUAGCCAACCGGGCUGCAAUUGGGUGGACAAUCGCUGAUCUCAAGGGGAUUAGUCCAUCCAUUGUUAUGCACAAGAUCAUCACGGAGGAGGGAGCAAAACCUGCUCGAGAUGCUCAACGAAGACUAAACCCAAACAUGCGGGAAAUUGUGAAAAAGGAAGUUUUAAAGUGGCUGGAUGCAGGGAUCAUCUAUCCCAUAUCGGACAGUACUUGGGUGAGUCCGACACAGACGGUGCCUAAAAAGGCGGGCAUCCAGAUUGUUACAGGUGAAGACGGUAAGGAAGUGGCCACCCGGCAGGUAACCGGGUGGAGAAUUUGCAUAGAUUAUAGAAAGUUGAAUGCUGCAACUUCAAAGGAUCACUUCCCACUUCCUUUUAUUGAUCAGAUUGUGGAAAAGCUCGCAGAUGUCCCAUUUGUUUUUGACAAGCAUUCUAAAAGAUCUUUUGAGACACUAAAACAAAAGUUAGUUGAAGCACCCAUCCUACAAUCCCCUAAUUGGUCACUUCCUUUUGAAAUAAUGUGUGAUGCGAGUGACUAUGCAGUAGGUGCAGUUUUGGGACAGAGAGUUGACAAGAAACCGGUGGCAAUCUAUUAUGCGAGCAAGACUCUCGCGGAUGCUCAGUUGAAUUACACAACCACGGAAAAGGAGCUACUUGCUGUUGUCUAUGCUUUAGACAAGUUUAGACCUUAUAUUUGUGGUAGUAAAGUAAUUGUGUUUUCUGAUCACUCUGCCAUCAGGUAUCUUAUGGAGAAAAAGGAUGAAAAGCCAAGGCUUAUUAGGUGGAUCCUUUUAUUGCAAGAAUUUGACUUGGAGAUACGAGAUAAGAAGGGAAGCGAAAAUGUGGUGGCGGACCACCUGUCACGAGUGGUGAAUGAGAUUGAAGGACCUGAACAUGACAUUCUGGAAACUUUUCUUGAUGAGCAUUUACUUACUAUUGAUACUCAACCAUGGUUUGCUAACUUUGCUAAUUAUGCUCAUUCAGGUAUCAUUCCGGACCAUUGGUCGAGAUCUAGGAAGGCGCACUUUCUUUCACAAGCAAAGCAGUAUAUAUGGGAUGAAUCGGAUCUGUUUAAAGUUGGAGCUGAUCAGAUUAUCCGGAAGUGUGUUGAGGAUGAAGAAAUUCCAUCCGUUUUGUCAUUGGUGCACGAGUCCGCAUGUGGUGGACAUUUCAGUGGAAAGAAAACGGCACGAAAAGUGCUAUCGUGUGGGCUAUAUUGGCCUACGGUGUUUAGGGAUUCGUUUGAAUAUGCUAAGAAUUGUUUACGAUGUCAACAGAUGGGUAGCAUUUCGAAAUGGGAUGAGAUGCCCAUGCAGUCAAUCCUCGUUGUCGAUAUCUUCGACGUAUGGGGAAUUGACAUUAUGGGCCCAUUCCCGAAUUCGUUUGGAAAUCUUUACAUCUUGGUGGCAGUGGAUUAUGUGUCCAAAUGGGUUGAGUCCAUUGCCACCAAGACUAAUGACCAUAAGGUUGUUUGCAAGUUCGUUCAAUCGAACAUUUUUUCGAGAUUUGGUGUCCCUCGUGUGAUCAUAAGUGAUGGGGGGUCUCAUUUCAAGAAUUUCAACUUUGGCAAACUCCUUAAGAGAUAUGGUGUUGAUCAUCGAAUUACCACUCCGUAUCAUCCUCAAACGAGUGGGCAAGUCGAAGUUUCUAAUCGACAAAUUAAAGAAAUUUUACAAAAAACUGUGCGAGCCGACCGCAAGGAUUGGUCCAAUAAAUUGGACGAUGCUUUGUGGGCGUAUCGUACAGCAUACAAAACACCGAUUGGAACAACACCGUAUCGAUUGGUCUAUGGAAAAGGAUGUCAUUUACCGGUAGAAAUUGCACAUCGUGCAUUUUGGGCAGUUAAACAGAUUAACAUUGAUUAUGAUACUACAGGUAAGGAGAGACAAUUGACAUUGGGUGAACUGGAAGAGAUAAGGAAUGAGGCUUAUGAUUGUGCUGCUGCAUACAAAGAUAAGAUGAAGAAAGUGCAUGACGCGAAGAUUAAGCCGAAAGUGUUUGAAGUUGGCCAGCUUGUUUGGUUAUACAAUUCCAGGUUGAAACUGUUCCCUGGGAAGCUGAAGAGUAAGUGGACAGGACCUUAUCGUGUGACCAAAGUUGGACAACACGGUGAUGUCGAGAUUGAGGACUUUGAUGAUCAUAUCCGCCAGAUGGUGAACGGCCAUAGACUGAAGCCGUACUUCAAUGCGCGAGAAAUUAACGGUCCUGGGAAGAACGUGGAAGUGCUAUAUGUGAGCACAGUCCGCGAGAUGUCGGAAGAAGGAUCUAGUCGCUCUGGGUCAAAGAAAAGGAAGAGAAUACGGGAACCAAUUCGAUACAGUGGGCCGGAAAACCCUCCUAUGCCAGAAACACCGAUCCUUCCAGUAGAUCAAAGGGUGUUACGGAAUCAUACGCUUUUGGAUUUUGAACUGGGCACAGAUGAAUUAGCGCGAAGGGAUAAGUUUUGUACAAUGCAGUUGUAUAAGCAUAGAACAUUCAAUUGGGAAAUGUUAGAAGCCAUGGGGGAAAGGCAAAGAAUGGAGGAAUUCAUGGGCCCGAGAUGGUUAGAUGCGCUAAGAUGCAAUGAUCCGCAGUACGCUGAGCUGACAACGGAGUUUCAUUCCACAUUUAAAUAUGACAUGGAUCGAUACUUUGAGCCUUACACGUUGUCGUUCAGCUUAGGUAGACAGCAUUAUGUACGGAGUGUGGAGCAGUUUGCACGCGCGGUUGGUUUUUAUGCUGAGGGAGAAUUAUUUCAGAGUGCAUUGCGUGGGGCCGUGCAAGAAGAAGAAGGAUUAUCGGACAGAGUAUGUUCUGGAAUCUGA